UUUCUCUCUCUCUCUCUCUCUCUCUCUCGUUCUUUUGUACAUACAGCGUCUCUCAAUCUCUUCUCAGCCUACCAGAAUGAAUCAGAUGCUGCUCUCCAGAAAAGCUGCAUGCAACAUCCAUGGGCAGGACUCCUCCUAUUUCCUGGGGUGGCAGGAGUACGAGAAGAACCCCUAUGAUCCAAUCACUAACCCGACAGGGAUCAUUCAGAUGGGUCUCGCAGAGAACCAGCUCUGCUUUGAUCUCAUCGAAUCGUGGCUUGAGAACCAUCCCGACCCAGCUGCAUUCAAGAAAGAUGGAGCACUACUAUUCCGGGAGCUCGCUUUGUUCCAGGACUACCAUGGCUUGCCAGCCUUCAAGCGUGCAUUGGCUAAAUACAUGGGAGAAGUAAGAGGAAACAAAGUAGCUUUCGAUCCCAACAGGCUCGUCCUCACGGCUGGUGCUACUUCUGCCAAUGAGACUCUCAUGUUUUGUCUUGCCGAACCUGGAGAAGCAUUCCUUCUGCCUACUCCAUACUACCCAGGAUUCGACAGAGACCUCAAAUGGCGAACCGGAGCGGAGAUCGUUCCCAUCCAUUGUUCGAGCUCUAACGACUUCAGGAUCACCAAACCGGCCCUGGAAGCUGCAUACCAAGAUGCGCAGAAGCGUAGCCUCAGAGUGAAAGGUGUGCUGGUGACCAACCCGUCCAACCCAUUGGGGACGACGCUGACCCGACACGAACUCGACAUUCUUGUCGACUUUGUCGUCUCCAAGGACAUCCAUCUCAUCAGUGACGAGAUCUACUCAGGGACCAACUUCGACUCGCCGGGGUUCAUCAGCAUUGCAGAGGCCACAAAGGACAGGAACAACGUCUCCCAUCGGAUUCACAUCGUGUGCAGCCUCUCUAAAGAUCUCGGCCUCCCAGGUUUUCGUGUCGGUGCAAUCUAUUCGGAGAAUGAAGCAGUCGUGUCUGCUGCUACUAAGAUGUCAAGCUUUGGGAUGGUCUCUUCUCAAACCCAGUACCUCCUCGCGGCGUUGCUAUCCGACAAAGAAUUCACCGAUAAGUACCUUCUCGAGAAUCAGAAGAGACUCAAAGAGCGGCACGACAUGCUUGUCGAAGGACUGCGCAGGAUCGGGAUCGGGUGCUUGAAAGGAAGUGCGGCCUUGUUCUGCUGGGUGGACAUGAGACACCUGCUGAAGUCCAACACCUUCAAAGGAGAGAUGGAGCUGUGGAAGAAGAUAGUGUAUCAGGUGGGACUAAACAUCUCGCCGGGUUCUUCGUGCCACUGCGACGAACCGGGGUGGUUCCGCGUCUGCUUCGCUAACAUGUCCGAGGACACCCUAACCCUCGCUAUGCAGCGGCUUAAAAGCUUCGUUGACUCCGGCGAUUGCGGCAGUAACCAUGACUCCGGCCAUCAGCGCCCCAGAAAGCCAUUCUUGACCAAGUGGGUCCUCCGCUUGUCGUCCACCGAUCGCAAGUCCGAGCGCUGAUAACACCGGAUUGCUGCAGCGAAUGCACGAUCGAUCAUUCUUUACAUUUUUACGCCAAACAGCAUGUUUCUUUUCUCCUCGUGUCUUUUUGCCUUGGAUCACGCGAUCUGUCUGGUUUUUUGAGUGCCCAAGGCUUCAUGAUCGAGAGAGAUUGUUCACUUCCUCAUUCCAUGAAGUUAUUCGAUUUCUCAGUAACAGUAUGUACGAUAACUUUGUUCUUGUUUCUUCUAAGAAAGCAUUCAGUAUGGAACA